AUGUUGGCACCGGCGCCUUUGCAGGGCAGCAAGGCGGGGUGGACUCGCGGCAAUGCGGACGAGUCUACCGAGAAGAAUGUCAUCAUUCGUGCGGCGGACUCCCUGGCAUACCGCCGAAGCGUGCAGCUCUUCUUUGUGAACGAGGAUGGUCAGUUUCUCAUCGGCUGCCCCGUCAAUGAGUCGAACAAGGACUACCGACAAACCGUGCAGGGCGGGAGUCUGGAGGGCGAGACGCCGAUGCAGACGGCGGUCAACGAGGCGUGGGAGGAGAUCGGACUUGACUUGGCAAAGGACGCGACCUUCCUGUUGGAGGUGCUUCCGCCUUUCACCUCUCUCACAGGCAGCCGUGACUCGGCAGGAAUACUGGCCACGCCGCGGGAUAACAACGGCGUGCUGAACAGCAGCGGGGAGAUCGUCUCCGAGUACCGGGCACCAUUUCGAUACCGCACAAAGCAGUGGCGCAACAAGGGUAUCCAUGGUCAGGAAAUGUACCCAAUUCUGUUUUUUCUUCCGCGGGAUUGUAUCAACCAACUCGACGUGAGGGCGAGUAUGCGUGGGGUGCGUCAAGAGUUCAGGCUGCUCUACUGGGGACCUCUCUGUGCCUUGGAGGACCAGGCGCCGCCCGUGAAGAAGCAGGCCAUGUCAGUGAUCUGCCCCGCCGUGGCGGCAGCGACUCUGCCGCUUCUGAGCUGCUGGAGAUACCCGCUGGACGGCAUCGCGGCAUACGUGUCGUAG